GUGCUCCAUUAUAUCUCCAUUCACAAGCCAAGACAUUAGGUCUUCACUUCCGACGUUCUUUCAGUUUAGUAUCCUGUUUAGCGUGUACGCUAAUUUUUUUUCUGCUAAACUCAUUUCGUACCGCACGACGUACGAAUAUUGAAUCUCGUGAAAUCCAGUACUGUAUGGCUUGAACUGCGAAGCCUCAACGGAGCGUGUUAAUCAGGUGAAAAGGGACUUAACCCCUCGACCCCUCGCCCUGGUGUACAUCGCGCGUCGGACAUAAUUCUGGUACCUUUCAUUUUUCAAAUAUAAUUCACCCACAUCCGGUAGUAUUUUUACCGAUUAUGGAUUACCUUUAAAAUCAUCCCUCUUUCGUAUUUUUGUUCGCGAUCCCGUUACACAUCCUCGACAAAGCAUAAAUGCGGAUUAAACGGAAAGAUCGAUGACGAUCGCGCGUAGACGCGAGCACGAAGGGGUUCGGAAAGGGGUUGACACGGGAAGCGAGGUCGAAAGACAAGAUAGCGGAUAGAGGAUAAUAGACGGGGAAUGUGGGAGGGGUGCACGCGUCGCACCAAGGAGGGAGCAUUUUUACCUCCGGAUCCAGCAACCUUUCAAACACGACUCUAAUUGGCCCCGACGUCGCUGCCCUCGAUUGAUAGUUAAUAAUGCACGCCCGAAAAUAGUAUACAAUCAUUCCGAUUCGAAAUGGCAGUGCCACGCCGCCUGAAAAGAAACUCCCCCGUGCGUGCAUAAUAAUUAGUCCACCUGCACCCUCUCCCACACCUGUCGUGCAAGCGAACCUGCGCAAGCGUUCGAUACCGACGACCCCUAGGGCUGGCGAACGCUGAAAACCAGACACGGUGCCUCGGUUUGAUAUUCGGUCACCAUGGCGAUCAACAACCGGACGAUUUAGUCGACUGGCCUCGAUUCCGCAAAUAUUAGAAGCGACUCGGACUCCCGCAGCGAAGCUUGGGAAUACCCGCGCAGGAGACGACGGAAUUCCAACCGAAGGAAGAAUACAGCGAAGCAUUGCGGGGGUUGGGAGAGGGCGCAACGAUCCAGGGGGGAAAAUGAAAAAUACGUCGCGACGAAUUGGAAGAUGAAGGUCUUGCGAGAAUGUACAAGGGACACGAGGCGGACCCGCUUUAACUGAGACUCUUCGCGACUGCGCUCGCAGCCAUGUCCUUUUACGUGGACGUCGUUACCGAGGAUUCCUUUUACGAGAACCUCACGCUAGGCGUGGUUAAGAUUCUGGAGAAUAUCGUCUACGUGAAAAAUGUACGAGUGGAGAGAAGAAACGGAUGCGAGUGCACGGCCAUCGCGAGCUGGGAGCAAAGGCAUUGCUGCCUGCUCCCGGAGGAUGUUCGGAACUUCUACGCCUCGAUCGACGGCUUUCAGCUUCUGUGGAACCUCGAGAUAGCGGGCGAGGAAUUCUCGGUGGGCCGCAUGGAGGUCGGCAGUCUGUCUUCCUUGAAACGGUACAGCGGUAAAGAGCCCCAGGCGGAGUCCUCGAGACCGGAAACCGAUCCGGAGAGAUCAGAGACGGAGCCAGGAAGCUCAGCCAGCCAGGAAAACGCGAUCGCGCUUCCGUCGGCCGACUCGCGGGGCUGCAAAAUGUUCGAGAUCGCCCGUUGUUUCCCCGAGAGUGGAAAGGCCAAGGUCUAUCUGGUGUACCGUGCGAAACCGGAGCAAGAGUCUCCUGGUAUCUGGUUGCAUCGAGAGGACGCGGAUCGAUGGUACCACUUGGCCGACACAUUCACCGUGUACUUUCGCAUGAUGCUCGUCCAUCUUGGCCUGCCUUUGUGGCAGUGCUGCGUGGCUGGCGUUCCUCUGCCCACGUGGGUCGAGCAGGUCUACUUCCUCGUCGGGCCGCAUCUACUGCCCUCCACUCUCGAGCCCACGGAGACCAUCUCCACUUCGCUGUGGAACAACGGGCCCAUCAACGUCAUCGAUCCGACCAUCUUCAAGGGGAAGGAGAAACAGAAGGCUCCCAGAAAGAAAUAACCUCUUCGAAUGGUGUUUCAUUCCUUUGUAUCUGAUUGUACUUUGUCAUAAAUAGAGAAAUUAAAACAUGAAGAAAGUUGGCGGAAUUUCGCUCCGAUUUCCUUAGCGUGCGCCCUGUUUUGACUCGGUCAAACUUUACUGAUUCGUCACAGCUACCUUGGUUGAACUUGGUUAAGCAAGAUAUUAAGGAAGUCCAAGUUUAGUCUCUAUUAAAGAGGUGUCUACAGUAUUGUC